AUGGCGAAUACGUCCGUAGAAGGGCUCUCAGAAAAGCUAGACUCCCUGGCACUCAUCCCAUCCCACAGGAUUAUAGUCGGCGUCGACUAUGGCACUACGUUCACUGGAGUCAGCUACGUCAGUACUCGAAAUGGCACCGACCUGAGCGAUAUCGUCAUCAUCAGCAGCUGGCCUGGUCCCGCAAGGGACAUGGACACGGUUGUCAAAGCUCCAUCACGAAUUGCCUACACCGCAGACAAUCCGAGCAUUCGGACCCGACGAUGGGGGUAUCAAGUCCAGCCAGGGAUGACCGCGUACUCUUGGACCAAACUUCUUCUCGAUCAAAACAUCCCGCUGACUAAAUACGACGACGCUACUUUAGAGGAUGCCUCUAACUCGGGAAUCCUGAAGCUUCCGGAAGGCAAGACCGCUACGGAGGUGGUUGCGGAUUACCUGUCCGAGGUGUACCAGCAUAUUCUGAAAACGAUUGCCAAGCAAAUCACGGAAGAGACGCUCAGCAUUACUCCGCUGGAAUUCUGGUUCACCGUCCCAGCGAUAUGGUCCGAUCAGGCACAAGCCGCAACACGCAGGGCUGCCCAGACCGCCGGGUUUGGGAGCCGGCCCUGCGACAAUGUCUUCAUGAUCAGCGAGCCCGAGGCAGCGGCUAUUGCGGCGCUGAGAAAGUAUACGACCAACUCAAUGGGUGGCUCCGUGCGGCCUGGAGAUGGUGUCCUGGAUAUCACGACCUAUCUGGUGGAGACGGUUACACCAGAGCUGACCUUUGGGGAGCUGUGUACAGGAAUUGGCGGAAAGUGUGGUUCUACUGCUGUGGACCGCAACCUCUAUCAGCUCAUGUCGCAAAGAUUUGGAGAGGCAUUUGAUAACCUUCCAAUGAGGAUGAAAGGCCCAGGGAGUCAAUUCAUGAAGGCGUUCGAAAGCAUCAAGAGAGACUUUGGCUAUUCUGAUGAAGAAAACGUGUUUGAACUGCCCCUGAAUAUGAAGCUAACAGACGCGAGACCGCAAUACUUCAACGACGAUGAGCGCCUGGUGCUCUUGAGCAGCGAGGAUCUUCGGAAAGUCUUCGAUCCUGUCAUCCAGCAAAUCGUCAAGCUGGUGCGCCAACAGAUCAAAGACGCAACGGCGGAGGCUGGCAAGAGCGUUAUCAAUAGGAUUAUUCUUGCAGGCGGCUUUGGUGAUUCAGAGUACCUCCGGAGCGCCUUUAAGAGAUUGUUUUGGUCAACAAACAACAUCGUGAUAACAGUUCCCGACAACCCGCAAGCCGCCAUCGUUCAGGGUGCUGCCCUUCGUGGUCUUGAAGGUCUUCGGUCCAGCACCAAAAGAUGUCGCCGGAAUUAUGGGUUUGCGGCGGGAAUCCCAUUCCGUGAAGGCAUAGAUAAAGACACAGACGCGUACUUUGACACAUUCACUGGAAAGAAAAUGGCUUCAGGGGUUAUGCAAUGGAUGAUUACAAAGGGGGAGAGAUACGCCGAAAACCAUGCCUGCACAGCUUCCCUCUUUCGGUCCUAUCUGGAGGGGGACAUGGACGUGCUGAAAUCACAUCUCAUGCUCUACUCGAGCGAUCUUGACCAUGCUCCCGAGAGGGUCGAACAUCCUGAGGUUCGCAGCGUUGGAAACAUAUGUGUAGACUUCACCGAGGUCGAUCUCUCCAUCUUUGAACGGAAGAGUCUGCUGGGUACGCCACUCUACAAGCUUCAAUAUGAUGUGAAGGUCAUCUUCGGGGCUCAAGAGGGGGUUUUGAAAUUUGAAGCCGUCUCAAAGGGCAAGGUCAUUGGCAAAACAAGCAUCAACUUUCAUCGUCCCGGGUUCUAUUGA